AUUCAAAGAAAGACUUCCAAAGUAAUUUUUGAUAUCAAUAAAAGAUUGAAAAGGAUUUCUUGUGAAAAAUCGAAAAUGCCAGAGGAAACGAAUUCCGUCACGAAUGUCACCGAAGAUGACCAAAAGGAGAAAAAUACGCACCUAACACCGCUCCAACGAGACAUCUUGGAUGCCAUUGCAAAGAAAGACAUUUCCCGUUUGAAGCAAAAUCUCGUCGAACUGAAGACUUCAAUCGAUUUCUACGACGACAGUGGCAUGACUCCGCUCCAACAUGCCGCCUUCAAAGGAGACAAAACCGCUGUCGAGCUAAUUCUCGAUCGUGGUCCAAACGUUAAUUCGACACGACAUCAAUACGAUUACUCGGCGUUGCAUUUCGGAGCUCUUUCUGCCAAUAGCGAUGUUUGUCUCUUGUUGCUGUUGGCUGGAGCGAAUCCCGUUGCCAUGAAUUCUGUGCAACGAACCCCAUCGCAAAUGGCUGCUUUCGUCGGAAACAAGUCUGUCGUGCAAACUAUCAACAAUUUUAUUCCAAAAAGCGAAAUUGACCUUUACACAAAGUGUCAGGAUCAGCAAAAAGAGCCCCAUUUACCGCCUGUACUCGCGGAAAAUUUCCACAAAUUUGUCAUGAUCACGAAUUUGCAUCCCGUGAAGAUUGCGUUGUGUGUCCAAAAGUAUCCGCUGUUCUGCGACAACCUCCCGAAAGUGAAAAAAGUCCUCGAGCUGCUUGCCGAGCGUCAAAUUAAGCGUCGUGAGGAGCCCAACGAGGUCCAAGCCUUCAAAUUCCAUUAUCUCGCAUGCAUCGUUGGCGAACUGAAUCGCGCCAAGGAACACACUUUGACGCGCAAAGACGACGCCGACAAAAAAGAAGCCGAUUUCAUCGAACUUUUCACGAAAAAAGUCCUCAAACCGGCAAAAGACAACCAACAAAGUUACCUCGAGACGACAAUUCGCGAUCUCGUGCGUGAAUUCCCCUGGCGAGAAUGCACCGUCUUCAAGCAGGUCGUCGCGCAACUCGUUUCGCCCCAAAAUACGCUCUCGGCAUUCGAUAUUCUCAAGCAAAGUAUCAUGGGACACAACGUAUUUGCGGAUCAGACAGUUUAUUGCGACGCUUGUAACGAAGAAAAUCCCACGAAAAAAUGCUCCAAAUGCAAAUCCGUGCAAUAUUGUGACAGGGAGUGUCAACGAUUGCAUUGGUUUAUUCAUAAAAAGUCGUGCGGAAAGGCAAGUGCACCCGCAACGAGCGAAGCAGCGACAAAGGGACCAAUUGAUGUCGCGGAGUUACAGGGAAUGUUGCAACAAAUGAAGGGCAAAUAAAAUAAUUUGUAUUUAAAUGUUGAAUAAAUGUCACGGAUUCGUUAAUCGAUGUCGUAAAAAUUUGA